AUGUGUUUACUCUGGUGGUGGAUAUGGUGCAGGCCUCAGGAAGUGAGUAUUGUUGGAUGCCACGUACUUAUCACUGGUGGUUCUUCGGGUAUUGGAUUGGCACUGGCCGGCGAAGCUCUGCGCCGUGGUCCUGCACGCCUCACUCUUGUAGCGCGCGAUGUCAACCGUCUGGAGAAAGCGCGUGCCACCCUGAUCGAAGCCUACGGCACCGCCUGUGAUCUGCGUACCAUCUCUCUUGACAUCACCGCUCCCUAUGAAGAAAUUAAACAAAGUCUGCUGGUCACUCACAAUGGUGCGUUAAACUGA